AUGCUGAAAAGCGAUGGAUCCCAAGAUGAAGGUGGUGGAGGGGACACAAUCAGCCAUUCGUCGACCCUGUUGCGGCGUCUGGAGACCCUUCUGGUUCAGGGCAACAGCAGCGACGUGGUCCUGAGGGUGGAGACGCCCAGCCUGGACGAGGUGAAGGUGAUCCAGGCCCACUCGCUUGUCCUCUCCCUGCAGAGCCCUGUCUUUGAGGAGCUGCUGCCCAGCCGCAACGGUAGCACGCUGCUCCUCAGAGAGAGCCCUGACUCUGCCGCCGUCUUUGACAAGUUCAUCAGGUAUCUGUAUUGUGGGGAAAUUUCCCUCCGUCUGGAACAGGCCACCCCUUUGCAUAAGCUGGCUACCAAGUACCAUGUGCUGGAGCUUCAGCAGGGGAUCACUCAGUUCAUGACCCAGAAUCUGGCCCGGGACUCACCCUCGGGUCAUGUGGUGGGCUGGUACGAGUACGCCCUGCAGGCCGGAGACAUCACCUUGAGGGACAGCUGCCUUCAGUACCUGGCUUGGAAUCUGUCCUCUGUGCUGCUGAGCGGCGAGUGGGCGACCAUGAGCAGCCAGCUGCUCAUGUCCCUACUCCAGCGCUCCGACCUCAUCCUCCAGAGCGAGAUGGAGCUCUUCGCAGCUCUGGAGGCCUGGAUCAUCCAGAACGAGCCGGACAGUCUGAUUGCCGAGAACGCCCUGAGGGCUGUGCGCUAUGCCAUGAUGCCCCCCCAGGAGCUCUUCCGCCUGCAGACGCAGUCCCCCAUCCUGGCCCACUACCAAGAGUCUGUGCGGGAUCUGCUCUACAUGUCCUACCAGUUCCACUCUGCCUCGCCACUGCACAUGGCCAAAUACUUUGAUGUGAACUGCAGCCUCUUCAUACCCAGGAACUACCUGUCUCCGGUCUGGGGGUCCGCCUGGGUCAUCAACAACCCUACCCGUGAUGACCGUAGCACCAGCUUUCAGACCCAGCUGGGGCCCAGUGGGCACGAUGCCACCAAGCGGGUGACCUGGAAUGCCCUGUUCUCCCCGCGCUGGCUGCCCCUCAGCAUGAGAUCCAUGUACACCGAAACGGGCGCCAUGCAGCCCACACGUGUGGAGGGAGGGCGGCCGCGCAUUAUCAUCACGCCCGCCACCUCCAGCGCUGACUUCGCCGGGGUGAACUUCCAGAAGACGGUUAUCGUGAUGGCACAGAAGCAGGGCAAAGUGGUGGUGAGACAUGUCUACAACUUCCACCAGAGCACGGAAGAGAAUGGGGAUUUCCUAGCCGAGGCCAACCUGUACCACCGGACAUCUGAUUAUCUUAUCGACAACUCCCUCUACCUCCAUAUUGUGGUCAAGCCCCUGUACCAAACCCUCAUAACCGCCAAGAACUAG